AUGUGUAAAUUUCAAAAAAAGUCUAGUAAAGUGAUUAGGGGCCAUUUGUAUGAUUACGGCUUUUGUUUGAGCUACACAAGCUGGAUAUGGCAUGGAGAACCCUCUUUGUCCUCAUGUGGUAGUGCGCCUGGUGGUUUUGGGGCAGACCAAAACCAUCAAGUUGUGUCUGAAACUGUUGAUAUGUGUCAAGCAGCCUUUAAUGAGGGUGAUUAUGAUGAGGAGUCAUUUGAGUUUAAUAAGUUUGUUGAGGAUGCAGAGAGACCUUUAUUUGAAAAUAGUGAACGCACUAAGUUAGAUUCAUUGGUGCAACUUCAUAACUUGAAAGCUAGGUUCGGUAUGAGUGAUACUUGCUUUUCUGAGUUACUUUCCACUAUUGGGUCAUUGCUUCCUAAAGAUAAUGUACUCCCUCAAAGUCUAUAUGAGGCAAAGAAGACUCUCAGUAAUUUAGGGCUGCAAUAUGAGAAAAUUCAUGCAUGUCCUAAUGACUGCAUAUUGUAUAGGAAAGAGUUUUCCGUUGAGAUCACUUGUCCUAAGUGUGGUUUGUCUCGUUGGAAGCUAAAGAAGGAUAAAACUGUUAAAGUGGGGCAACCAGCGAAGGUGUUGUGGUAUUUUCCCAUAAUUCCUAGAUUCAAACGCUUGUUCAAAUCUGCCGACACUGCUGAAAUGCUUAAUUGGCAUGAGGACAAGCGAAUUAAGGAUGGACACAUGCGCCAUCCAGCUGAUUCUCCCGCAUGGAAGUUGGUAGAUUAUAAAUGGCCUGACUUUGCUGCAGAGUCAAGAAAUCUUCGGUUGGCUUUGUCAGCUGAUGGUAUUAAUCCACAUAGUUCUCUAAGUAGUAGGUAUAGUUGUUGGCCCGUAAUAUUGGUGACCUACAAUCUUCCUCCGUGGUUAUGUAUGAAGAGGAAGUUUAUGAUGUUAUCUCUAUUAAUAUCUGGUCCGAAACAACCGGGAAAUGACAUUGAUAUCUACUUGGAGCCUUUGAUUGAUGAUUUGCAAAGUUUGUGGGAAGGAGUUCAUGAUGUCUAUGAUGCACACAGAAGAGAAUAUUUCUCACUAAGAGCUGUUUUAUUGUGGACCAUCAAUGACUUCCCCGCAUAUGGAAACUUAUCGGGAUGCACCACUAAAGGAUACAAAGCAUGUCCAAUUUGUGGUGACAAAACUUCAGCCACACAUUUGCCCCACAGUAGGAAAAUGUCUUAUAGCUGCCAUCGCAAGUACUUGCCACGUCAUCAUCCUUACCGGAGGCAGAAAAAAGCUUUUAAUAAUGAGCAAGAAUUUGAAGUUGCACCUGCACCGUUAUCCGGAGAGGAUGUGUUAAAGAGGGUAGAAGAUAUUAACUAUGAGUACGGAAAGGGAAAAAAGAAGAGGAACUCAGAUUCUACCUGUACUCCUUGGAAGAAAAAAUCCAUUUUUUUUAACUUGGAGUAUUGGAAAUCUCUUCAUGUUCGCCAUGCUCUCGAUGUAAUGCAUAUUGAGAAGAAUGUUUGUGAGAGUGUGAUAGAUACACUACUAAAUAUGCCUUCUAAAACAAAAGAUAGUGUGGCUGCCCGCUUAGAUAUGGUUGACAUAGGUGUUAGACUUGAUUUGGGUCCAGAUAUUGGGGAGAAAAAAACAUAUUUACCUGCUGCCCCUUACACUUUGUCAAGGGUAGAAAAGAUAAAGAUGUGUACUUCUUUCUUGUUUAUGAAAGUUCCUUAUGGUCAUUCAUCAAACAUAAAAAAUUUGGUAUCCAUGGAUGAUUUGAAGUUGUAUGGAUUGAAAUCCCAUGAUUGUCAUACUUUAAUGCAGCAAUUGCUUCCAGUGGCUAUUCGUUCGGUGCUUCCCAAGCAUGUUCGAAUAUCUAUAAUGAGGUUGUGCUUCUUCUUUAAUGCUUUGUGCACGAAAGUGGUUGAUGUGUCGAAGUUGGAUAAGUUGCAAUCUGAUUUGGUUUUGACCAUGUGUGAGCUAGAGAAGAUAUUUCCUCCCUCCUUUUUCGACAUAAUGGUUCAUCUCACUGUGCAUCUAGUUAGAGAAGUGCGAUUAUGUGGGCCUGUUUUCUAUAGAUAG